GCCAUUAAUGUCACUCAUCCGUGCGAUCGGCCAAUCACGAUAACACACGUAGAUUCUGUUCCCACAAUUCUUUGCGCUAGGACCUUUAAGAGAACAUGGACGAUUACAGAUGACUGUGGGAAGCAAGUAUCUGUUAUCCAACAGAUUCGGAUCUUAGCUCUUCAGUUACCAGACUAUCCCAAAAAUGGACAGGUUAAUGUGGCGCUGAGAGAAUCGCUCGAGUGGCCUCGGUAUCCAGGGUCUGCUCGUUACAACGUCUACGUCUGGCAAUACGGAUCUACAAAGCCUUCAUCGCCAACUCACUGGACUUAUUAUCGAAGAUAUGCUCCCUCUUACCCAGGCUACCCCGCCGACACUAAGAUGCUGUGGAGAAUUGAAUACGUUCUGAGUUCAGGUGCUCUGGUACCCAGUCCCAUCUGGGGAUUCCAAACCAGGGCUUUUCCGGAUUUUAAAGUUGAGAAGGUCAUAGUACCUCCAAACGCUUUUUCUGGUCUGAAGUUUGAAGUGUCGUGGGUAGUUCGAAAUAUUGGUAAGGUGGGAAAUGCAUUAAGGACGUGGUAUGAUGCAGUGUACAUUGGAAAAAGUACUAACUUCCGUAACGCAAG